CCCUUCUUGGCACGAGUUUGAUUCCACCUGCUCAGUCAAAUUUUGUAUCCACAUUUUCUCCUCCGGUUUUAAUUAAACUUGAUUAAUCACUUGGGGGGCAUUUACAUUAAGUAAUAAAUAAUUGUAAGUUUUGCAAACAAUGAAGACACUCGAGCUACAUAAUCCCUUGAAUCCGACAUAAUUCGUUGAAUUAUGCAAUUAAUUUUUAGUAAAAAGUAGGGAUAAAUUAUCCCGGAUAAUUUAUUUAUUUAUUUUUAAAGAACUUGGAUUUUAAAUGAAAAAAUUAAAUUAAAUGAAAAAUGGCUAGUGUAGACAAAUAUCUAUUUUUUAACUUAAAGCAGUCUACUCGACUAAAUAUGACUGAACACUUGCAUAAAGAUACCGAAAAGACGAUGGAGGAAAUUGACGUUAAAAUUGAAGCAGACGAGGUCAAAGUUGAGCAGGAAGAAGAAAGUCCUGGUGGCGACGACGAGGUCAAAGUUGAGCUGGAUGACGACGACGACGCAGAGAGCCACACCACGAUUGAAGGUGACGACGAGGUCAAAAGUGAGCAGGACGACGACACGGACCCACGUGACCUAGACGACGACGACCCCGGUGACGUGGACGAGAGCGAAAUCUUCUUCAACUAUGGCGACUCCUACUCCCCCUCCGCCCUGGAAAUGAAAGACCCCUUGCAACAAAGUGGCGACGACGACGAGGAAUUUCCCUUUUGCAUAACUCCGCACGCCGCAAAGAGAAGAAAAAUGCGUCCCACCGAGGAAAUUAGGGCGACACGAGAAAGCCCCCGAAAAACUGGGGACGAUUCGUUAUUCCGUCCGGAACAACAAAUUCCCGCUAAAACUGAAAAUCUGCCUUCAGAACUUGGAAACAUUACCCCCCACAAAUUCAAGUGCACCACGUGUCAAAAAUUAUUCGCCGGGAAGGAGCGCAUGCUCCGCCACGUGGAGCGGGGUCACCCCUUCGCCUGCACGGCGCCCACGUGCUCCUCCACAUUUGGGACUGAGGCGGCGAGGAACGUCCACCUGAGGAGCGCCCACCCCGGCCUGGCCGCGUACGAGUGCCCCCUCUGCGCGCGUAAAUUUCACGUCGCCCACAUGCUCGUGAGGCACAUGGUGAUUCGCCACGAAACCGGAGAAAAGAAGUUUCCCUGCGACAAGUGCGGCAAGAGUUUCGCGCUCGAAGAGAACUUACAGCGCCACGUGGACCUGCAUAAUUUCGAAGUGGAAAAACCCCUCGUUUGCUCCGUGUGCGAUUCGCGAUUCGAGGACGACGGGCGGCUCCUGCGCCAUGCCGAGACGCACGUGAAAAAACGUUGCAUUUGUACCGAGUGUGGGUCCCGUUUUUCGAAUAAGUUGAAGUUAGAGAGCCACGUGCGCGUCCGCCACGUAGAGAGAAAAUGGGUGAAAUGUGACCAAUGCCAGAAGUCCUUCAUCCGCAAGGCCACCCUGGUCCGACACGUGACCCGCGUCCAUGCACCCCAGUCAGAAACCAGCCACCACGUGUGCCACAUUUGUGGGAAAAGCUUCCGCCUCAUGGACGGCCUCAAGACGCACCUCAGGGCGCACGACGAAUCCAAAAAGCUCACGUGCGACACGUGCGGAGAAAAGUUUACGUAUCGGACCAUACUAAAUUCGCACCGGGUCCGGGAGCACGGGGCGGAUCCCUUCGUUUGCCAUGAGUGUGGGACAACUUUCUCCAGUCGACAUGGAUUCAGGCGUCACCUGAUGGCCCACCGUGGCGAGAAACCCCACAAAUGUGAUAUGUGCGAUGCCCGCUUUCUGACCACAACUAUACUGCAAAAUCACCGCACGACGCACACGGGAGAGCGCCCCUUCCCCUGCCCCCACUGCGAGAGUGCCUUCAAAGUCAAGAAGCAUUUGACCAACCACGUCAACAAGCUGCACACGCCGGGCUACGUGACCCGGCUCAACUUCCGGUGUGCCCAGUGUGAAAAAGGGUACCCUUCCAACGUCGAGCUGCAGGCGCACGUGCGUCAAGUGCACACGGGGGAGCGCCCCUUCGUCUGCGAGCAGGACGGGUGUGCGAAAGCCUUCGCGCAGAAGAGGUCGCUCGUCCUGCAUUUGAGGAAUACGCAUAAAAUAGGCGACCGGAAGAGCGGGUUCAAACUACCGAGUCGGAGAAGAGAGGGUGGAAAUGAGUAGGAUGGGAUUUGUUAUUGAUGAUUUUUUUACGGUUUAAUGGGUUAACGAUGUAUCGGAGUAUAUAUUUUUGUAAGAAUUUAAGGAUACACACAUCUGGUUUGUAUUGUUUUGAUGGAAUAAAGUUUUAUAAAGAAAUAUAAUAACGUA